ACAAUUCAACCAAUGGCUGAAUCCGGCCGGGUCACGUGACGCGCAGCGCAGGAGAUUUGAAUUGUUUGUGUGGUUAUGUGUGUUUUUUUUGUCGCAGUUUGAAUGCGGAGCAAAAAAGUAACGUUAUAUUUGAGAGUUUUCAGAGGAACUUGAGGUCUGAACCGGAUCAAUCUGUUUCCCUCAGAGAAGAAGCACGAGCGGAAUGGAGUGUCGAGCUAACAGCGAUCUGCUCUUUCUCACUGAUGAGAAGUUUGACUUCGAUGUUACUCUGUCACCUGCCAGCUCCAACGGUGAUGAAGAUGAAGACGAGGUGUUCGUGGGUCCAGUCAGCCAUACGGAGAAAUGUGUCUCCGUUAACGUGGCAAAACGGCUUGAGAACAGCCGGACUGGCACUUUAGGGAGCUGGAGCCCACUGUCUGGGGAUCAGCUGGAGGCUGUGUGUCAGGAAGCCCACAGACUAGCAGACCAGCUGCAGGGCAGUGAACUGAGCCAGCUACACAGUGAGGGCGAUGAGACCACCAACAUGAACACUGACACCACAACCGACAGGGAGGAGUUUGUGCAGGACGUUGAGGCUAAACUGGGCGUGCUUGGUCAAACUGCCAGGACGCUCAGUCCCAUCAAACGCGAGACUUUCUGUGUCCAGGACAGUCCCAUGAAGCAGCUGCCACCUGCUGUCCAGCGCCGCCUGCUGCGAGGAAGCAGCAUCAACACAGCCACCCGCCCUGCCAGCGCAGCCUCAUCCACCCGGCAUGCCAGCGCAGCCUCAUCCACCCGGCAUGCCAGCGCAGCCUCAUCCACCCGGCAUGCCAGCGCAGCCUCAUCCACCCGGCAUACCUCUGCCAACACAAGUUUAUUCACCCACCGUGCUCCAUCCACCAGACUCAGCACCUCCAGCCCUGUUGCUGUGGCCAAAUCUCAGCCUAAGAUGGGGCUUCGAGGGAAAGCCACACUGGGGGUUGUGCUGCCUAGCAAACCGGCUGCCCCAACAACUUCCUGUUCAGCCAGCAAGAGCAGAGUAGAGAAAACUAGACUACAACCACCAAGCAAGACGGUGGGGGGUUGGAGGCGUAGCCCGUCCUCUCGCUCCUCCAGCAGGGCAGAAUCAAGUGAGGAUCUGCUCUCUGAUGCGGCGAGUGUGGCGUCUGACAUCAGUGAUUCUUCGCUCAACUCCAGUCUGUUGGGAAAACGCACGCUGGUUCCGCCCACCAAGGGGGUUGUGAAGAACCUGUCAGGUGUGAAAGUUCCGCCCCCUCAGAGCAGGAGGGUGACGGACAGGAAGAACACGUCGUCAUCCUCGUCCUCAGUGUCAAGCUUCAACUCAAGCCUAUCUAUCUCCCCUGCUAAAGGUAAACUGAACUCUUCUAUAAACCGGAGUAUGAGCAGCUCUACUGGCCCCACCCCCAGCAGCAUCAGCAGACCAGCAAACAACAGCAGACCGCGUCGUUCUACCGUCUACUCUACCACAGAGCCAGCGCCCUCCACCGCUGGACGCCGCUCGCUGUCUGCCCAAGCCAAGAGGCCACUUGAGGCAGAAUACAUCAAAGCCAAAAGGUCCACACCGCUUAAGAGAGCUGAGGCCACACCUCUUCAGGUGACGCCCGCCAAGAGAGUUUUGGAGAGGACCGCCUCGAUCCCCUCCACCGCCUUAGUCCGACCACAGAGUGGACUGAAAACCAGAUCUAAACCUGAGGCUGUAGUCCCACCGACACCCAGUGGAGGGGUCAGAGGAGUUCCUUCCGUAGACGAUAUCUCACUGAAGCCAAAGAGGUUGAUGUCGGCAAGCAGCGUGGAAAGUCUUCCUCAAAAGCCCUCUGCUGGUCCUCUGACACCCUCUACUGGCAGCUGCAGGUCACUGCAGAUGAAGGCACGUCGUCCCUCCGCCCUGCCUACUCCCAUGAGGCGCAGGAUGUCAGCCAUCCCUGUCGCCACACCGACAAAUCAGAACCGCCACACAAGACCUCCACUCGACUCUCACUCUGUCCCCUGUCCCGCCUCUGCUAAAAGGGAGAGAAGCUGCAGCCCCGCCCCCAAACACACACAGGAGGUGGAGGUGGUUGAUGCUCCAGAAAUCCGGCCCUUCUACCUGGAGGAGGAGGAGGAAGAGGCGCCUGCUGCCCCGCCCUCCAGCCCUCCUCAGCCUGACCAAUCAGAAAGCACUGAUAAUGAAGCACUGAGUCAGGGCCUAUCAGAGCCCAACAAAAACCUGAUCGAACUGGAAACUACAGAGGAGAGCAACAACAAGACACAGGAGGUUCUCCUGUUGGAUCUUCCAGCUCCGACUCUGCAGCCCCAAGAGAAACUGCUCAUCGACUUGACCAACACCCCCGACCUGAUCCGGACAAGCAACAAGACCUGCACCACAAAUCAGCAGCUGAUUGACCUGAGCUCUCCGCUCAUCAAGUGGAGUCCAGAAGACAAAAGGGAGAACAACGCUCCACUCAUCAACCUGUCCUUCUGAUUCACACCUGGAUGUGAUGGUGUCGGCAGUAAACUGGACUCGGCAUAUCUCUAUCUUCAGAAACUUUAAUAAUACGCCAAUUAACAGAGUUUUUAUCAGUGAAGUCUUUACUGAAGUAUUAUGAUUUAAAUGAUGAAAAUAUUCAAAGGUUGCUGAAGUUUUUCUGCACCCGAUUGUACUUUUAUUUGUUUCCGUUGUGCUGCUCUUAUUGAUGUCUGAAUAAAUGUUGUUAAUGUCACUACUGUAA